AUGGCGGCGUUCGCGCGGCGCAAGGCGGAGCGGCUCGCGCGGCCCGACCCCAGCCGGAAGCGCGCGCUGGACGCUCGAGCCGCGGAGCUCGUGCGGCUCCUGAACGCGCGCGAGCGCUUCUGCACCGCGAGCUCGUGCGACGGGAGGGUGACCGUGACGGACACGGAUGGCACGGGGAUCCAGAAGAAGAACUGCACGUGGCUCUUGGUAACGCAUGGUCCGUGUGUCAAAGGCGAUGUGAUGACAGCACUAGAGAAAGCCACUGGUGAUGCUGUGUUCAAGUUUGAACCCUUUGUUCUUCACGUGCUGUGUCGGGAGCUGCAGGAUGCACAGCUGCUGCAUUCAGUGGCGAUUGACUCUGGGUUCAGGAAUUCUGGUAUUACAGUUGGCAGAGGAGGAAAAAUUACAAUGGCUGUGCGGAGCACUCACUGCUUAGAAGUUCCACUGAGCCACAAAGGGAGAUUGAUGGUCUCUGAAGAAUAUAUUGAAUUUCUGGUACAUGUAGCCAAUCAGAAAAUGGAAGAAAACCUAAGGAGGAUUGACAGAUUCCACAAAGGCUUGGAGCUGGCUCUGGAAGCUGCUGUCCCUGCAGACACCUUGUUUCCCGAGGGGCCAGAGAAGAGCCACUCUGUGUACGUGCACAGAAGAAAGAGACGGACUGCUCAGGAACAGGCCAAUCCCAGCAGAGAGCUGGAACCCCAGGAUGAUACUGAAAGCAGUCUUGAUCUGUUUGCUGAAAUCAUGAUAUAGACUAUGACAUUUGAAAGCAAAUGGCAAACUGAAAAACUAUUCUAAUGGUAAUUUUAAGAGAUUUAUAUAUUUCUGUGCUCCAAGUAGCAGUACUUUCAUGAACAUUGACAAGAAAAAAGGUAAUUAACAGAAUGGUGAGCAGGUGUAGCUACAGGACACAAGAGAACAAAGCCACAGAAAGUUUUGGGAGUUUUUUAAGUGUACUGUUGAAUUAACAAAGUGCUACUCCAUCAGUUAUCCCAGAAAUAAUGGAUUUGCUGCAGCCUUCUGCCAUGUUCUCUGUGGCAGCAUUUCACUUCCAACCUCCUGGGUUUUGCAGAACCAGGUUUCUCCUUCGAGGGGGGAAGAGGUGCUAGGGACAAUGACCAUCCACUCGUGAGACAGCCAGCACGAGGUGGAAAUUGGACAGAAACCUUCCAAAGUAGCACUGUGUGCUCUGGUCGCAGAGUGGGCCUCGUGCAUUUGGGUGGACUGGUUGAAGUAUGGCUCAAUCCAGGGGCAUAAUUUCUAACGGUACAGAGCUGCUGCCCAGAAGCUGUGUGAACAAAACUGGAGUACCCCAGCCCGUGGGGCAGCAGGCAGGUGGUGGGAGCAGCCAAGGGUCCCACAGUGGGGCAAGGCACAGCAGCUCCUCAGGUGUGGGGACAUGGCUUCUGCCACAGACAUUACUGCAGCAUUGUUGGGAUAUGGGCUUGUGUCAGACUAUCAUUUUCCACAGAUCUUCCUCUCCACUCUGAGACUCAGCUGCCUGUCUGGGCUGAACUGAAACCCCAGGGCUUCCACCAAUGAAAGCAACUUCUGCCUCCAUGCAGAGGGUCCUCCCCAACCUGCGGCCUUAGCAAGGCCUGGGGGAGCCCCUGUUGCCAUCCCCACUGCUGGGAGUCCCACUAUUCCUGUAGAUCCCUCUUCACCACCUGGAGGAUACAUCUUGCACACAGAGGAGGAGGUAGUUAUUGCUUGUGGAUUUUAGGGAGUUUGUUCAGAAUAGUCUGAACCCUCCUCUGCAUGCCAUUUCUUAAAAUGUCUGGCACUGAUCUGUUGAACAUGGCUUGAGGGACUGACAACAGCAGCAGCAACCACGUGCGGUGCCUACAAACACUGUAACAGCCCAAACCCUCACCCUGUGUAACAGCAUAUAGUAUUUACAUUCUGCAAAAUAGAGUUUGUCAGAAACUGAUGUGUGGUAUGAUCCCACAUUCCUCUGAAAGACAGUAAAAAAUUCAGGAAGACUUUCUGGCAUCUUAACAUAAAAAUGUUGGCAUCUUGUUAAAUACUUCAUUCCAAUCAUCUCCAAUGGUUGAAGACUCUUGGGACCUCAUACAAAAACUCAGUGAGAUCCUACAACAAGAAAAAUAAACAGAAGGAUCAGGAAAACAUUACUUCAGUAUAACAGUAGAACAGUUUUUGCAAGGUUUUUCUGAAUUUUUUUACACCCCAUCCAAGGUUGCAGAGGGUGAUGCUGAGGUGGUGUCACCACCGUGACAUCAUUCUGGGACCAGCACCAACUUCCUCCAUGCACCACUGCCCUUACACCAGGGGAUUUACACACCUUGUCCCAUGCUCACCCACGUUCCACCAGCUCAUUUUGAGGUUAUUUUUGUCAGGCUGUGUUUUAUUUCCAGCUGCUGUAUGGGAUUCUUUUGGGCUGUGAAUGUGCAGAGCACAGCAGCCAUUGGGAAGAGCACCCCUGAAAAUGGGAUUCUGGGGGUUAUGGCUGAAGAGAAAUUCACUGGUUGGCAACAAGACUAAAACUGUCAAACCUUUACCAUUUGUAAGUGUGCUUUGCCACUUAGUUAAUCUAAAAGGUAUUUUUAUAUUUGC